AUCGUGUUGGCGGAAAAAAAAUUGAAGCUCGUUGACCGGAUUCACCUUCAGGUCACACUACACCCUCUCCAUAUGAAUACACACAACUCAUAUUCCUCCCGAGACAAUACCUCAGACACUACCCUUCAGUGCGGCUAUUUCUUCCGCAGCACCACCUAUCCUCUCCCAAUCCAAGACAGCGUGCAGUGAAAGACAAAGAUAGUCAUAUCAGCCUCUCGCACUACUUAUAUCAUCUUCCUCUCCCAAACACUUCCCUAGACCUAAUAGCAUCGUCAUCUCAAAAUGUCAGGCACCCAACAGCAGCUGAAGAACCAUGUCGGCAACGCGAUCGACAAGUUCGCAAUGCGAGACCACGAGAGCGUCUCUUUCGACGACUGGCCGAACGCGCCUGGCCUCAUCGGUCUGAAGGAGGAGCGCGGUCCGAUCGAGCUGAAGGUCUCGGGAGAGAUCCCCGCCUGGGCCGCGGGGUCACUGUUUCGCACCGGCCCUGGAGACUCGGAGAUCCGGGACACGCCAAACGGCACCCUCAAGAUCUCGCACUGGUUUGAUGGACUGGGACAUGCUCACCGGUUCGACAUCAUCCCCGCGUUCCCAGCACCAGGUCCCAACGAGCCCCAAGAUGGCGACAGCCAGAACCAGCAAAGCCAGAAGACCCGGGUCGUGUACACGUCCCGCCGCCAGUCGGACGACCUCGUCAACUGGAUCAAGAGCAACGGGGACGAUCGCCUGUUCUCGUUCGCCCAAAGGUCGGAUCCUUGCGUCGGCCUUUUUGGCAAGGUCAUGUCGACUUUCAAGAGGGCAAGGUUCGGUCGCACGUCUCAGGUCAGCCGUGGCCUCGAGAACAUCGCCGUCACCGUAGUGACGCAGCCACCGGUACAACUGGAGAGGGAGGACAACCUCGUCCAGGCCAACAGCAGCGACCCCAACCCCGGCGAGCCGGCGACUUCUGGCCACCAGUCCAACACCAUUUGGAUGCUCACCGAUACCAGUAGCAUCAGUCUGGUUGACAAGACGACGAUGGAGCGGGUGGGCAUCUCCACCCAGAAGCAGCUUCAUCCAGAGCUCGCAGGUCCCUUCUCCUGCGCACAUGCGGCUCGCGACCCGGUCACUGGCGACAUCUACAACUACAACCUGGAAGUUGGCCCGAACCCAACAUACCGCAUCUUCCGCAUCGAUGCGGCUAGCGGCACCACCGAGAUCAUGGCCAGGUUCGCCCACCGGUCCCUUGGCCCCACCUACAUGCACUCGUUCUUCCUCACCGAGCGCCACGUCAUCCUCUGCCUGCCGGUCGCCCAGAUGGGCUACAAGGGCGCCGCCAUGAUGGUGUACGGCAACGUCGUCGAGUCGCUCGUGCCCUUCGACCCCAGCCAGACCACCAAGUGGAUCUUUAUCGACCGCACCGCUGCGAGGCGCGGCGUCAUCGCCGUCCGAGAGACCCCGGCCAUGUUCUUCUUCCACACCAUCAACGCGUGGGAGGACUACGACGCGAGCCGCUCCGGCGGACAGCAGGAGAGCACCCCGGCAGAGCCCAAGGGCCGCGAGACGGAGGAGCACGACGCUGCCAAGUCUGCGGGAGAUGCUGGUACCGCGAGCAAGGACGAUGCGAUAUGGCACGUCACCUGCGACAUGAUCAACUACGACAGCCGCGACAUCCUGGACGGCCUGUACUUUGACGUCAUCCUCAACCGCGACGGCGCCGGCGACGCCUUCUGGCGCGACCCGGAGCGGCGCGCAAACUCGCAGCCCACCCUGAGCCGCUACACCUUCUCCAUCCCGGCCUCGGGCCCCGGCACCAACCAGGCCGGCGUCGCGAUAACCACGCCCUGCAUCUGGCCCUCUAGGGAGAGCCACCAGGGCCUGGACGUCAAGUCGCGCCUAGACCCGGCCUGGCCCGGCAUGGCGGGCGGCAGGGUCCUCCGGGUGCCAAGCCCCAGGGUCGGCGAGCUGCCCGUCAUCAACCCGGCAAAGGCCACCAGGCCGCACCGCUACGUCUGGUCUCAGGCCACGCGCGGCCUCAACACCAUCAUCGACGCCCUCGUCAAGACCGACAUGGAGGCCGAGUACGCCGGCCGCCCCGGCGCCACCUUCUGGGAAAACCCGCACGGCCACACCCCCGGAGAGCCCAUCUUCCUGCCCCGGCCCCGCGGCGCGCCCCCUCUGGUGAAGCCGGUGGCGGGAGGGCCCGCGACGCAGCAGUCCAGCUCGUCGUCGUCCUCCUCCUCCUCCUCUUCGUCCUCGUCGUCGUCCUCGUCGGCGUCCGAUGCCGACCCCGCCGUCGCCGGUGCCGCCGACGCGGAGCCCGAGGAGGACGACGGCUGCCUUCUGAGUGUGGUCCUCAACGGCCACAAGGGCACGAGCUACCUCGUGUGCCUCGACGCCAAGACCAUGGUCGAGGUCGGCAGGGCCGAGCUGGAUUUCCCGGUUGGUAUCGGCUUCCACGGCGCCCACGUCAAGGCCGAGCCCAGGCUCUAAACCAGCUAUCGCCCGGAACUUGGUUGGUGGCAGCUGGCGCUUUGCGGAAUCCUGCCUUUGCUUAAAUAGCGGUUGGCCGAGGCGACCUUCUUUUGUCAAAAUAGCACGCUUCAUAAAUCAGCAC